AAGAGUCAGUGUUGCGCGAGCCUUCGUUGCGCGAGGAUGUGUUACAAUUUCAUUUAUUUAUUUUUACGAUAAGUGUCGAGUGAAUUCGUGUGUGACUUUUUUUUAAUUUUAAAAAAGAAAAAGGAAAUUUCUAAAAAGAAAAAAAGGGAAAAUAAAUUAUUUCUAAUUGACUAAAGUGUGUGAUAGAAAAUUUAUUCUUUAAUAAAAUAUUUAUUUAUAUAUCUAACUUUUUACUCUCAUCUUGUGCAAAACGAUUUUCAUCAAUUUUCAUCAAUGUGAAUGUGAUCUAAAGGAAUCAACAUUAGAGCAUCGACUGUAAAAAAAUGAGGUCAACAAUCAACAAAUGAUAUUCAUACACUUCUACUAUCAAUUAAAAAAAAUACAAUAGACAAAAUCCAAUCGUAAUUUGACGAGAACAAAAUUAGAACAAAAAUUUUUUUUUACAUAUAUGGGAGAGAAAAAAAUUGAAGUAAAAAUAAAAAAUCCACGUGACAUAAAGUGGUUGUGAAAAUAAUUAUUGAAAAAAUGUGGAUUUUUACGGAUUUAUUAAAAAUAAAAGUGUCUAAGGGUAAAGAAAAAUUUGCCAUUUUUGGCGCUAACGAUGACGUUUUGGAUAAUAGCGAUGUUGACUCUCGUGAUGAAUACAUUGUCAACAACGAAUUUCAAGGAAAAUUGGCAUGUACGUCAUUUAUCCCGCAGAUGAACUUCUUCGAAUUUAUGACAAUCCAAUUCGUCAAAAUUUAUUGAAUUCAACAACAGGAGAAACAGUAACAGCAACAUUAGCAACAGUAGCAACAACAGAAACGACAACAAAAACAGUAACAACAACAACAACAACAACAACAACGUCAACAACAACAGCGUUAACAACAAAAGUCACCAAUUUAUUCACGCGUAAUCGUUCGUCGAAAAUAAAUGUGAAUGAAAACGACGAGAAUAAUAAAAAUAAGGCAACAACUGCUGCCAAUAAUAAUAAUAAUAAUUACAGGAACGUUAAUAUAAAUAAUAAAAAUAAUAUUAAUUGUAAUAAUUACAAUAGUAAUAAUUAUAAUAUAAAUAGUAACAUUAAUAAUAAUUGCACGUAUAGUGUUGAAAACGAGAGAAAUAAAUUAACGAGAAAAUUAAAAAAACAAGAGAGUAAACGGACUCGUGUUCGCGAUAGAAAUUCGAAACAAGCUAUUAUGCAAAAUAGUCGAAAUCUCAUGGAGGAGGGUAACAAUCCCCUCAAAGAUCUCACACACGCCAGCAGCAAUGAACCACUCAAGCAGCACAAUGGAAAUGCUGUCAAACUCGUCCAAAUUGUUUCGGAAUUUGCCCAAGAAUUGGGCGGGGCAAUGGAGUCCCAUUCCGCCAACGUUCGUCGUCUCGUGGACGAUUUUCGAAAUCGUGCGGGUGACACGAGAGAUUCCAGUGGAAUGCGACGAGUUUGGGAGAAUUUGUUGCGACAAGUUGAAGCAGAUGCGACAACCCAUCUCGAUCUUGCUGGACUUUUACAACAACAAAUAUCGAGACCAACAUCGGAAGCAAGUUUUCAUCGUAAAGUACAAUCCCGAAAGAUAUUUGCGCAUCGCGAGGCUUACGAGCAGGUAGUGAGUAAGACAGAGGAGAAAUUGCAGAGGGCCAGAACAGAUUACAAGCGGGCAUACGCCGCUUUAUUGAAUAGCGAGAGCGGAAACGAUCAAGAAUUGAAGCGAGCCUAUCUCGAGGCUCACAAUGCUUACGUUCUUCAAUUGCGAGCGACCAAUGCCAUCACUGAACGCUACCAAUAUCAAUGCCUUCCUGGUCUACUAAAUGAAAUCGCCGAGGUCUACGAGGAAUUAUGUGGACUCGCCUGUAACUGUAUUGCCGGAAUUUCCGACGCUGCCGGCGAACGUUCACAAGAACAAUCGAAACGCUUUCAAAACCUCACCAAAGAGGCUCGUGCAAUCUCAUCUCAAAAUGAUUUGCAGGUUUUGGCACGAAGUUUGUCAUCUGCAGCUACUGUUCGAAAGCCACCACGUCGUCUAUUCGUGACUCCAGCACCACCGGAUCAGGUGCCAGUUGAGAGGCUAAAUCAAGUUCCUACAUUGCGCGACGAGUUGGUACCAACCGGAACCAGUACCCUACCUUUGAUGGAUGAUUUGCAUAGAGAAUCUGAAAGUUUGACACAGGAAAUUGGACGUCUACAGGAUGCCCUUGAGGCUCUAACUCGUAUGCAACGAAAAAGCGUGGAGGGAAAUGUUCACACCAAAAUUGCUGAGCUUCAGGAAGAUAUUUCAAUGAAACGCUUUGAUCUAGGAGUGGCACAACUUCAUUUAGCUGCUGUUCAAGCUCAGAAAGAGCUUUUUGGAGGUGGAGAAGCUGUGCAGCCUGAUGGGGUGAGCAGCCGGAAAAUGUCUAAUGGCUCGACAGGAAGUACUAAGCACAAAUGGCUGAAAGCGUUCAAAAGUUUGAAGACAAGCUCACCCACAACACCACCGCCUACAGAAAAAGGAAAGCAGACGAUGUACCAUGCAGUUUCGUCUGUCGUUGCUAUGUCCAGAAAAAACUUAGAAUCCGAAGGCGGACACAUGUGGCGGGAAUACACAUAUCGAAAGAUAACACCGUGCGAUGCAUGCGGUCAAGUGUUACGUGGACACAGUCGACAGGGCUUCAGGUGCCGUGGAUGCAAGGCGAAUGCACACGCCGAUUGCACCAGUUCCAUACAACCCGCUAAUUGUCCAAGUUUGACGUCAAAACGUGGCGGAGGAAUUCCACUGCUUCGAAGGCAAAAACAAACCGCGCCACCCACCGAUGAGACCCCAUCCUCUGAACACAACGUGGACGCCAUAUACCAGGUGCUGAAGCAGGCUGGCGAGAUUCGUGGAAAUUCGACAAAUUCACCACCUACGCCUCCCACAGCAGAUCAUCCUCCUUCCGGCGCAGCACCUUUAUCAGCGAGGACCUCUUCCCAACCCUCUUCCUCGUCCACCUCUGCGCCGCAUAGUCCACAACGUAGAAGAGAGAGACUGAAUUUGAGGAUGAAGAGUUUGAGUUUGGAUUCACCUGAAGGAUCAGCUCAUGUUCGUCAUCGACCACGAGAAUAUCAUCCUUCCGGUUAUAGGGAUUCAUACACACCCCCACGACGUUCUGAUAGCGGAAGUAUCAACAGAUUAUCGCCCUGCAGUCCAGGUCAAGGGCAUGGGGUUCACAAACACUUGAGGGGAACAAUAAGAAUGUCUAGUGUGGAACUACCAGAUGAAAAUGAAAAAUCCUAUUCCUCGGCAAGCACCUCACCCUGUCCCUCGCCUCACACCAACAAUCAAAAUCACCUGAAUCCACUUGGAAAACGUGUUUUACCGCCAAACAAUCUCUACGUAGUGUUGUACAACUUUGAAGCUAGACAUCGUGACGAGUUAGACUUGAAAGCCGGUUACAAAGUUUCGGUGAUCGAUAAAUCAGAGAAGGAUUGGUGGAAGGGAAAAUGUUUAGGUGGUCGUGCAGGCUAUUUUCCCAGUGCUUAUGUCAUGAGAGUCGAUCCUGGUCAAAAAUCACUUCAAGUCACCAGAAAUUUACAACUUGCUGAUCAGACAACUCUUCUACGUGAUCAGAUUGUUCUACAAGUGGGCGAAGAACUCGACGGAGUUGCAAUGGUAAGAUGCGCGGCUGACACCCGAUCGUCCGAUCAAACAGCAAACGAAGGCGAAGUCCGCUUCAAGGAUACGCUUUGUCCAUUAAAAUAUCUACAGGAAGUGUGAC